CGGAAACGAAACAAAACAGCCCCCCAAAUCAACGCUGUUCCCAUCACAAAUCACCCCAAAAACACCAGCAAAAACGGCAUCAGGCCACAAACACGGAAGAGUCAGCCGUCGCCUCCCCCGACGCGCUUUUGCCCAACGCCGCGUCAAGCUCAAGCCUCGCCCUCGUCCCGUCGUCGUCUUCUUCCUCAAACCCAAUCAAUCCCCAAAUCCCCUUCUACAUAUAACCCCACCCAACCCCCACGCUCACCACAAACCCAAAUCCCCCAACCCAAUCCUCCUCACCAGAUCUCAAGCUCAGCAUCAUCAACCAGCAGCAGCGAUGGGGUCGGCGAGCAGGGCGGUCUCCUGCCUCUGCUGCCCGUGCAAGUGCCUGGCGUGCGGGCUCUUCAGCUGCCUCUGCAGCAUCCUCGUCUCGCUCCUCGUCACCGCGGGGGUCCUCGCCCUCAUCCUUUACUUCAUCUUCCGCCCCCACAUGAUCGCCGCCACCGUCGACUCCGCCGCCCUCACCCAGUUCGCCCUCGCCCCGAACUCCGCCCUCAGCUACAACCUCACGGUCGCCAUGACCGUCCGCAACCCCAACAAGCGGGUCGGCCUCUACUACGACGGCGUCGAGGCCCUGGCGCUCUUCGAGGGCCAGCGGUUCGGGUACGCGCCGCUGGAUUCAUUCUCCCAGGGCACCGACGCGGUCACGGAGCUCAAGCCCGGGUUCCAUGGCCAGCAGCCUGUCCAGGGGGACGUCACGGCCGCCAACUUCAGGGCGCAGCAGUCGGCCGGCGCGUUUGAUGUCGAGGUCAAGCUCAACGCCAAGCUGAGAGUCAAGGUGUGGGCGUUCAAGGUGCCCGGGCCCCGGGCCAGGAUCAGCUGCCCGAUCUCGGUUCCGGCUCCUGGGAACGCCUCCGCGCCGGCGUUCCAGCCCACCGGAUGCAAAGUCUGGUUCUGAUCCGUUUGACUGGCGUUGUUCAUUGGUUCAUCUGUUUAAUAUUACUCCUGCUACUCUACUACGGAGUAGUAGUAUUGUUAUUGGUAGCGUAUAUGAAUUCUUUUGUAUCGAUCUGUAGUUGAUUCGGCGGUAUUCUACUGGAGUAUGUAUUAGCGGAGGAGGAUGCACAUAUUUAUUCAUCGGUUAUUAUACAUUUGCUCGUUUGGUCUCUAUUGCUGUAUACUUCUGGCUUUCA